AUGGAACCAUCGGUUCCAGAAAGGGUUGAGCUCCCGCCUGCAUUCGAAGAUGUGCCCAUGAAUGACCUUGUUGAACUAAUCGCAGACAUGCUAGAACGAUUGAUGUCCCACAAUGACCGGAUCCCCCUACGACCGGAAAACCUUACUCAAUUUCAUUCGCAGUCUGCACCUGCCAUUAGUGUCCUAGACUACUUGAAACGUAUCGUCAGGUUUACAAAAGUAGAGAAAUCAUGUCUUUUAAUCACUCUCCAUUACAUCGACCAGAUUUGUGCACGAGUCCCUCUUUUCAUACUUUCGUCUCUCACAUGCCAUCGGUUCAUCAUCGCAGCGGUCACGGUCUCAAGCAAAGGGCUGUGUGAUGUAUUUUGUAAUAACGCGCUGUACGCUAAAGUAGGCGGCAUAUCCGUAGGCGAGCUUAACACUCUCGAACGGGAAUUUCUGCGGAUGAUCGAAUGGACUAUCACAUGCACUCGAGAGUUGUUGCAAGAGUAUUACAUCAACCUCGUCCGAACUCACAGCACUACCAAGUACAUCAUAGCAGGAACGCACUCAUCUGAAGGUUCAUCAUCUUCUGGGAGCAGUGACUUCGAUAUGGAAACUCUACCUUCGCGCUCACCAUCCAUAAAUGAGCCAUCAGCUAUACUCAUUGAGCCUGUCGCUCCCAAUAUAGAUGUUCCUCGUCGGCCUACAAUCGAGCAGAACAUGGCUUUUGCUGCACUUCAGAACCAAAACAGAGAACCAGAGUCGUAAUGGCAGUCAAAUGAUUACCAUGUACCUGUCUCAAGCUACUUAAAUACUGUAACAACUACUUGUAUACUUGUAAAAACACAAUUGAAUGAAGAGGGAACAUGGAUGAGGGAGUGGAUUGCUUGUUUUUUUGUGAAAGAUGCGGGUGAUGGAAUAAGGAAAAAAUUGCAGCGACAAAGAAUGAGUGGUGGCGAAGAUGAAAAUAGUAAUACACUUCAGAUCUUCGCGCCAAAGCAAAUUAUACAAGCCAGGUUAGAAGGAGUGUUAUGUAUCUACUCUACAAGUCCAUUCUGAGAGCGGUCGAUGCAUGGUGAUCAACAGCCAAACAAACGAAGUUUUCCAGGCAACCUAGUUGCACGCGACAGGCAUUGACCAUAGCAAAAACCAUGAUUGCGCAAGUGGGGAGGAUUAGUCACCGUGUGGCGACACAAGAGCUACUGUA